AUGCGCAACUCAAUUGUCCUCAGCCCCGGCCUGGCCCGCCCCUCGACAUUUCAUACAACCCGUCGAUCGUUCGUGACCACCGCUGCAAAGAGUGUCGCCGCCGCUACUUCAUCUCCAGCGUCUGCGCCACCGCUGAACCCACGAUGGCUUUCUGAGCUGCAGUCGCGCAUCAAGCGGUGCGCCGGGCUCGACCUCAGCGGGCAGCAGAAGGAGGAGUUGACGGCUCUGCGGAAGGCUGUCGAUGGGCAGUGGUUGGAGUUGCUCGCCGGACGGGAGGGGUUCCUCACCGGUCCCGGGUGGAGGGGCCUUGACAGACAUACAGUGACUUGGGGAGACCAGGUGAGAUGCAAUGGGUAUGGCUCGCACCCCGAAUACACCAUGAGUCUCAAUCUCACAUCUGUAGGUCAUGUAAACAAUGUCGUCUACAACAAGUACGCCGAGUCGGCGCGGGUCAACUGGCUUCGUAACUUUGCGACGACGGUGGAUCCUGAGCACAAGGAUGAGUGGGACCAGCUCAUGAGCCCAAAGGACAUUGGCCUCAUCAUGAGAAGCAUCAAAACGGACUACAAGUUUGUGAGUGACGCUCUCAUCAACAGGAACCACCAGGAACCGAAAGUCGUUGUAUUUUUUGGCGCCGCGGCGGUUGAGCCUAAAACACCUGAAUCGCUCACACUGACAACCAAUGUGAAGCCAAUGGCCUACCCAGACCACGUGACGGUCCUCCAUAAGCUUGUUUCCAAGCCGACAUACGAAUCAGAUUUCAUCCUACUUGAAGCUCUUCUCAUCUCCGAGGGCCACCGUCGCCCUGCCGCCCGCUGCUUCGAGGAUAUCGUGGUCUACGACUACAAGACCGCCAAGAGGGCGCCGCUGAAGCCCUUCAUGGUCGACCGGCUACGGGAGACAUACGAGGCGCAAGAGCAGAGCAAGAUUGGCUGCGAGGAAAAAGUAAAGGGUCUCGUCGACAUUGUCGAGCGUCUCGAGAAGGCCGCGUAA